GGACCAUUUCAAUUGCCUCUAAGCAAUGCCUAUAUAUAUUAUUUAAAAUAAUGCUUUUUUCCUUUUUCAUAUUGUGAUUUGGAAACCUUUUUAAUAGGAUGGCUUCCGCAAAUGGAAAGGUUGACAAAGUGUCCAAAUUUGAGACUUUAAAACUUCUGGAGAAAUGCAGAAAGGAACGAGAUGAUGCCCUGCACAGAGAAAGCAUUCUCAGAGAGAAAUUCCGACAGUAUGAGUCAAGGUUGCGUUCAACCGAAGCUCUGAAACAAAAAAUGAAAUCCUUGACCAUGGACAACAAAGAGCUGAGGAAACAAGUGAAGGCACUUCGCACUGAGAUUGGACUUGAAUGCAGCCCCAAGUUCAUUGGGAAGACCACGAAGGACAUCAUCGAUGACUUGCAAGAGAAGGAGCGCGAGUGCAGUUCGUUGGUGGAGAAGGCUGGGAAACUGAGCUUGACCAUUGAUGAUUUGACAUCAGAGCUGGCAAAUACAGUCACCUCUAAAACUCUUUUGGAGGACCAAGUUCAGUCAUUGCAGCAAAACCUAAAGGACAUGACCAAUAAUCAGCGCCGUUUGCUGAAGUUGUGGGAAGACAAGAAGUCCCAGAGGGAACAGCUCGCCCUGCCUGCAAUUCCUCAGAAGCCAGGACAGAAACCAUUUGUCCAUCAAGCAGCGCAAACUGAGAUGUCCAUUAGUUCAUCACAGAAGCUCCCAGUCAAUGCUUUUGAGAACAAGCCAUCGUCUCGAGACAGUGACAGAAGGACAGUUGUAGAAAAGCACAGUUUUCCAACUUAUAGGAAUGGCUACCUUCCUGAUAAAAAAUCUUUAAUGCGUGACGAACCUAAUGGAAUUCAGAACUGAUUUGACUCAGAGGAUUUACACUAAUAACAUUGUCUUUUUGUAAAGUUAAUAUUUUCAUGAAAAUGAAAGGACAGAAAGUUAUCAUUUAAUUUAUAAUAUUUGAAUUAUUUUAUGUGCUUUGUGUAAAUUAAU